CCGAAAAGGGUUGCGAAACGGCUAGCGAACAUGUCUUCAACUCAUCCCAAGAGAGGUGGUGGAUGAGGCGGGCAGGAAUUUUAUUUCAAAACUUACGCAACGAUCGUUGGACAACACAGUUUCUUCUUUGAAGGCUUGCAGAUGCUUUGCACCUCUGGUCCUCCUGGCCUCUUGGACGGUCGCCAAUGAGCAGGUCCUGACGGCGUGUGACGGGUGCGGGCCAAGACAGCGUACGUGUUGCCAGCACCUCUUGCAGCGACGGCAGCAGCAGUAGCGUGCCACCGUUGCCAUGGCAAGCAAUGUCCGGCCGGGCACGACGAGUCUGUUGUCACCGCCUACGCAGCUCCACCCGAACACCGACCUGGAGAGUGGCUACGUGCUGAGUCGAGCGCUGUCCAGCCUGCUACUAACACCGCUGAUACCCAUCAAGACCUGGCUGACACAAGCAGAGCUGGACUAUGUCAUCAGCAAACAUCUGCGUGAGAGCGGCAUCACACGGCACCUUCGCGGCCGCUCCUCGGCGCGUCUGGACCUGAAGACGUGCCAGCUGUGGCGCUUUGCACCGCCGGGAACACGCUACGUCACGUUCGACGAGAUCAUACCACUGCUAUCAGCCGAGUGUCAUGUGAUCAAGCACGGUAUCACUGUCAACUUACCCAAGUUUGCUGUCAACGAGCCGCAGGCCACGGCCACAGUAUUGAAAGCCGUUUCUCAGCGCCAGGACUUGCUACAUACCAGCAGCAGCAGCUCAGCCGCACCCGUGUCACCGACCCAGCUAGUAUGGGAGGCACGGCGCUGCGAGACUGGGGUCCGUGCUGUCGAGCAGAUGCACCUGCUCCUGCAGCAGCUCGUCGACGUUUCACAGCUUCUUGAUCAGCAUCGCCAGCAAUGCGAGGACUUCUCACGGCGUUCCUACGCACAUCGCAAGCCCGGCCUGAUUCGCUCAGACAGUGGUGCCGUGACUGGGUUGUUCAGCUUCGACCCUGACUUGGAUUUGGUCGUUUGGCCGCCUCACGUUGAUUCGUGGAGCAGAACGCUACAAUCAGCAGACACAGACGUGAAGAAAGGCGAAGCUGGAUACGCGUCUCAGCCUGAAGAACCCCUCACCACCAGUGUUCUACCACGUAUUAUCAACCUGAAGGCACCACACCACUCGUCAGCUGGUUCGUCGUCGGCUGCAGGUGCGGCAAAGCGGCCCUGUCUGCCACGUCCCGUGUCGGCUGUACCCUGUGCCGGUGGUGAUUUCUUGUCAGCAAAGACACAGUCUCCAUCCUGCAUGAGCACUGCGCUGCUUGAUGACAGUGGCUUGCCCCCCACGAUCGGCCAUAACUCCACACCCAGCCAGUCCAUAUCGACGACCUCCAGUGCGGUCCUGAGUUCAUCCAUGCUACAACUGAUGCAGCAUCCGCACGAACAGUACACCAACGACUACCACUCUCCACAACAGCAGCAGCAACAGGAGCAGCAACAUCAACAACAGCAGCAGCAACAACAACAGGAGCAACAGAACCCACAUCAACAGAAGCAGCAACCCCAGCAACAGCAGCAACAAUAUCAGCAACAGGAGCAGCAACAUCAACAACAACAGCCGCAACAACAGCAGCAGCAACAACAGCAGCAACAACUGCAGCCACAGCAGCAGCAGCAGCAACAUCAUCAGCGACAACAGCAGCAGGAGCAGCGAUCAGAGUGUGAUUUGUCAGCCACAUCAUCCCACCACCCUUCUAAGCAGCAGCAGGAGCAGCGAUCAGAGUGUGAUUUGUCAGCCACAUCAUCCCGGUACCACCCUUCUAAGCAGGAGCAGCGAUCAGGGUGUGAUUUGUCAGCCACAUCAUCCCGGUACCACCCUUCUAAGCAAGAGCAGCGAUCAGAGUGUGAUUUGUCAGCCACAUCAUCCCGGUACCACCCUUCUAAGCAAGAGCAGCGAUCAGAGUGUGAUUUGUCAGCCACAUCAUCCCGGUACCACCCUUCUAAGCAAGAGCGUCACCUGUCUCAUGACCAGGCGCUGGACGAAAUCGAAAGACUUGGUGUCAUUGUGCGGCAGCGAGUACCUCUCAUGGUUGGUCUUCCAGCACAUCUGCAGUCACGAAUGCAAUCAUUAAUGAAACUGAUCCGAGCGGCUCGUGAACGCAUGGCGGCCAUCGACUGGCUUUCCGACACGGAUGCGGCGGAAACCAAUCCCGACAUGCUGAAGUGUGUCACCGAUACUCAGCAGAGCAUCGUGUCCCUGUAUCGUCUUCUCGAGUCCAACCUGCUGCGUCUGAUGCAGCGCUAUCUUUCACCACUACACCUGGCUGUGGCACAGACUGAGCUUGCACAGGAAACAGUCAAAGGUUCAACAUUGUGGCCUACGCCUGACCGUAGUGAUCAUGCUUGUCCGAACGCGAGCAUCCGUGCGUCGUCUGAGCUGCACAGAGGCGCAUCAUGGACGCAGCAGUGCACGGUGGAUGUCCAGCAGCUCUGCCCGCAGGCGCUGGAGUGUGCUCGGCUGUUCCGCUCCGUCGAGGCUGAGAUUGCUGAGAGCCUGUCGCGGCAAUGCUGCCACUCUGCCGGUGCUAACCGUGAGUGUGGCACGAGUGCUAAUGAAACGAGUUACAACGAGGAUGGGACUCGAGUGUUUGCUAACCGUGACUGUGGCACGAGUGCUAAUGAAACGAGUUGCAACGAGGCCGGGAACCGAGUGCCUGAUGCCAGUGAUGGUAGCCAUUUCCCCGCGGGUCCAAGUGCCGGUGCUGAUGGUACAACAGCCUCUGCGAAUGAGCGGCAGCAGCAAGGUCAAGAUGUGCUGGAUCACGUGGCGACAUCCCCCCGCACCAGCCAGCGUCAAGGCAGCGCAGACAUCGCCACCGGCAAUGAUUACCCGGAAUGCGUGACACCACCAGGAAGAGAGCAGCAACAGCAGCAGCACUACGGACAGCAACAACAGCAGCAGCAGCAGCAGGAAGUACAAGAAGGGCAGCAGCAACAACACGGCAAUAGCAGCUGCGCUACCACACGUGUUAGCCACAGUGAGAGGCAACGCCGAGAUUGCAGGUCACCUGUGCUAAGCUCAGCAGAUCAACUCAUACAACAAUACUUCCUGGAAUUGCUGGGAACUGACGGGGCACAGAGUCGACACGAGGAGUUAAGGCCGAGAGCAUCCGGUAGCCGUGUGUCGCAUCAAGAAGAACAGCAACAACAGCAACAACAGCAACAGCAGCAGCAACAACAACAAAAACAACAAGGCGAGCCAAAAGAACAUGCGCAGCACCACCUGCAGCAGUGGAAGGAACUACUAGCACCCAGUGAACUCACACAGCAAGAAAGAUCUGCUAGCGCUGUGCACGUGGUGGAACGCCAGCAGCAACAACAAAUGCCAGACUGUACUCACGGUACAAUCGUCUCCGUUGGUCGUCAUGAAGAAGACAACAGCUCUAACACCUCCGCAGUGAAACACACUGUUGACUCUGGCACCGGCAAAGACUUUAGUAUGCAUACUCCAAAUGCGUUGCCAGCGCUAACGUCAAGUCAGAAUGAUGCAGCUACUGCGUUGCCAACUCUAACAUCAAGUCAGAAUGAUGCAGCUACUGCGUUGCCAACUCCAACAUCAAGUCACAAUGAUGCAGCUACUGCGUUGCCAACUCCAACAUCAAGCGAGAGUGAUGGAGCCGCUACCCUGCCAACACUGACAUCAACUGAGAGUAAUGCUGAGCUGCUCAUGCAGCAGCACUUCCUGACGUUGAUCAGUAGCAGUGAUUCAGAUCAGCAACCUGUCUCUACUGGCGCAUGCUCUCAGGUGAAUACUACUGACCAGCAUGAGCAGCAUGAUGUGUGUGAGCAGAAAAGUGCAGACUCACAACGGUCUGCGCUGGAUGGUCACACGCUAGCUAGCCACGAUAGCACCAGCAGCAGCAACAACACCGUCAACAGAGGUGUAAUGAUCGGAAGUGCAGCAGCGCAGCAGGUGGUGUCAAAACCGCCGGCCGAGUUUGCGCCCGCAGUGCUGUCCUUGUCGUCACUGGCUGCACGGUCGAGCCAUCUCGGUGGCGAUGCAUGCCGCCUGCAGAAACAGGGCAAGAUUCCGCUCACGGUGGCUACUCAGGGAGAAGCGGUAGAAGACUCAACAAUGGCUGCUGGCAGCGUGUCUGACGUCACCUCAAGCAUAGCCUCUCACCACCACCAUCACCACCACCGUCGACAGUCUUCGUUUGAGUACGACAUCGCCUCCUACUCGUCAUACUGCUACAGUGCCAGUGAAGGGGACGGCGAUAUUGAACCUGACGUCGUCGAGUCGCUGGUCGACACGGUGAUGGACGAUGACGAGGAGAUAGAGCGUGACACGAGUGCCGGAGAGCGUUGGAUGUGCGCCGAGUGUACGAUGAUGAAUCACCCGCUGCGCCUGCGUUGUCCGGCGUGUUACGCAGCCCGUCCGGAUUACAACCCGGUGCGGGACUGUGCCGUGGUGGUCUCUGCCGCAUCAUCACAGCUAUCAACAACAACAUCAUUAACAGCAACAGUAGCACAGCAGCAGCAGCAUGAAGAGCAGCAAUCGUAUGACACACCGUCGCAGCAACGCUCUCUUGUGCAGUACACCUACCCGUCGCCGAUCUCUCACGAUGCCGUGCUGUGCAGCGACACGGAGGAUGACGAGGCUGACGGACGGGAUGGCAAUGACCUAAUGUCACUGCAUACUCAAUCGGUCAACACUCGUCCCCGUUCAAAGACGGAUGACAUGCGUAGUAGCAUGGAGAAUCAGGUACAUGUACUUGAAAGUAGCCACAAUGUAAGCACUAUUGGCAUGGAGCUGCCUCCUUGCACUGUUCACCAUGCAACAACACAGGAUGGAGACUUAUCCCAGUCUGCACUGCAUGACCCGAUCAGUACGCAUGAACAACACGGAAGAUCGUCGUCCGACGGCCCAGCAGCAAUGUCGCCAGAUCCGGGCAUUGCGUCAUUGAGCCAUGUGAUGACAUCAUCAUCGCCGGCAUUACAUUCACGUGAUGAUGUCAUGGCAACACAGGAUGAGGAUACACACCGUGAACCCUACCCCAGCCAAUCACUGGACAGCGGCUGCGGUAGUCAACCGUUGCAAACCGCACUGGAAACCGGCCUCGUAGAUACCGGAGAUGACAUUGCAUUUGAACACGUUCGAGGCUCUAGUGCCGAUGAGAAAACGCGUCGUAGUCGUAAGCGUCGUCACUCCCAUGACCACGAGAGCGGUGCCCAUGGCGAUGAUGGCAAUGGCGGCCGUGGCGUUGGUGAUGAGGACAACGUGUGUAUACUGUGCUGCGUGUCAGCACGCACUGGCUGUGUGGUGCACGGACGCACGGCGCACUGCGUCACCUGCUACCGCUGUGCCAAGAAACUCUGGUGCAACGGCCGACCGUGUCCCGUGUGCCGACGCAGCAUCGACUGUGUUGUCGAGCUGCAUCUUUGAAAGUGUGCAGUUGAGCUGCAUCUUUGAAAGUGUGCAGUUGAGCUGCGUCUUUGACCUGCCAUCGCUGUGCCAUGAAGCUGUGCUACAAAGCCAGACGUUGCCCUGUGUGCCCUGUGUGCAUGGUGUGUCAAUGCACUAAAUGACAGUCAUUGUGUUGACUGUGGUGCUGAGCCGCAUCUUUGAAUGCAUGAAUGCGUGCAUGGCGUGGAUCUCCAUGGCUUCGGUGCUGUCAUCAUGACUGUCAUCUUUUUAGUUUAUACGCACAUGUUGAAAUGGCUUCAGAGAUAUCACAUGAUCAGAGAGAUGUCUAUCACAAUUAUACUGUAGUACCAUAAUAUGAAUUUUAUCAUUGAUCCUUUCCCUUGAGUCUGGGUGUACCCCCCCCCCCCCCCCCUUAUGACUAAUAAAAUUAAUGAGAUUGCAUUCAUAAACCAUGAUUAUGGCAAAUACUAGCAGCAUGCAGCUGUUCUUCUAUUGGUCAGAUGGUUUGAGAUAGUAUGAUACUGCAGUCGGAAAUAGAACAACGGUUUUGUUGGCUGCAUUAUGUAUGCUGUACAUCUGUAGCCAGCUAUUUUCUUCUGGAUGGUGAGGGAUCCGGAUAA